AUGAAUGCUACAAUUUUUGAAAAGUGGUAUUUGCAAAUGUUAAUGAACUUGGAAGAGCCCAGUGUCAUUGUUAUGGACAACGCGUCAUACCAUUCUGCAUUACUCGAAGACUACCCGAAGUCAAAUAGUAGGAAGACGGAUGUUCAGCAAUGGUUGUGCGGAAAAAAUAUAGACUUUUCUCCCCUCGAAACUCUUGACGAAUUACGGGCGAAAGUCAAACUUGCGAUGCCGCGUGGAAAAAUUUAUAAGUUGGAUGAAUUGACACUCCAAAUGGGGCAUGAAGUGGUGAGACUUCCACCUUACCACUGUCAGUAUAAUCCCAUAGAAUUGAUUUGGGCACAAUUUAAAAGGAGAGUGGCUGAAAAAAACUCAACAUUUAAAAUUGCUGAUGUUGAGGCACUCGUUCAUACAGAAAUUGAUGCGGUAACUGCUGAUGAUUGGGCCAAAUGUGGAGAACAUAGCGUGAAAAUUCAAGAGGAGGAUUUCCACAAAGCAGGACUGAGGGACGAAAUAUUAGAGCCAAUAAUUUUAACAAUUUAUCCAGACGACAGCAGUUCGAGCAACGAUGAUGACGAUGACGAUGAAUAG